AUGCAUUUGUCUAAACCAGUCAUCCCCUUCGCCACCCUGCUGCUGGCAGCCUCCUUCGUCGCCGCGCAAGACGCAGGCGCCAAUCCCAGCCUUGUCGCCCGCGAGCCGGGCAGCACACGAGGUGAGCCUGUACCCGCAUUUGUAUCUGCUCCUGCCGUUCCAAAGGAGAUGUACGAUGCUUUAUCAUUUAAGAAGACCUCAUCGGCCAAGAAGACCACGACUACCCAAAAAACAGUAAGUAACCGUGCUGUGCCCGAGCCAUCACAAACCAGUGAAGUCACCACCCUUCUCUCUCCGACUGAAGCCAUCAGCACCACUGCAGUAACAGAUGCCACAGACUCAGACUCGCCUUCUGAUGUCGCCGAGUUCGAGUUGAUGGCUCACUUGUUCGACAUCAGCGAUGACAGCAUCAUCGAAACCGCGACCAGCGACAUUGUCGACAUUGCUUCUGACGAUGUUGAUGGCUAUGAUGCACAUCUAGACGAAGACAUCUCUAGCAACGAGCACGGCAAAGCGACGGUCAAGCGGGAGCCAAGACGAAACAACGACUACAUAGUCACCCCUUCCACGCCUACCACCGAGGAAAUCAGAGCGGGUCAAGACGCUUACGCUGCCGCUGUUGACCGUAUGUUCUCGGCGCGCGACACAGAUGUCGACCAAGACCUCUCUAGCAACGAGCACGGCAAGGCCAAGUCCAAGAGGAAGCUCAGAAAGCCAUCUGAGCUACAAGGUCCUUACCAGGAUGUCAGCGGCGACCCCGGCGAUGGCUCUUGGCGGAAGCGUAGUCCUCCCUCUGGCGGCCCUGGCGGUCACGGCGGUCGUGGUCUUAUGCGAUGGGGUGGUAACAGCCAGCGAGGCGACGGUGCCAGAAGCUCCCGCGAGGGACAACAGCAACAGAAGGGAGGGCGUGAUGGCGCGCAAGAGGGCCCUCGCCGCGGUGGUCAGAACAGUGGUGACGGACCCCGUGGUGGUAACAGCGAGGGUCAGUACAAAGGCGAUGCCGUAAGGCGUGCCGUUGCUGCUGGUCGCUUCACGCAAACCACAAACGUUCAAGGCGGUGCCAAUUCCACGCACACCAAGAGUCUUCCGCCGGGUAGAACAGGCACUGGAGGAGGUCCACGAGGACGCCUCCACGGCCGCCCCAACCGCAACAACAGCACACGCCCUCGCCGCCGCAGCGACUCUGACUCGGACUCGGACUUCAAUGGAGACUACGAGCAUGAGUACGACUUCGACACCGCCACCGACACCGACACCGCCACCCUCUCCUCCACCCGCGCCCAACCCCCCUCCGCAAACGCCCUCCUCUCCGCCCGCCGCGAACUCUGGUCCAACGACUACGCCCAAUGCAUCAAAGACAGCUCCGCCAUCACCAAGUGGCUGUUCGGCCUGCACCUGACGUGCUGCUGCCCCACGCAGUACGAGUAUCUGAACGGAUUGGGCAGGUUUGAGCCGUACUGCAAGGAUCUGGAUAGUCGCAAGAGCCCCGUGCCGAACACGAAUGUUACGCAGGUCGUCAAGUGUAAGAAGGGGUAUAAGAUCAGUGAGGAGUUUCCGAUGUGUUGUCAGGAGGGUUGA